ACUGCUUACAGUACCCCGUUUCCAUUCAAGUCGUCUGCAAAAGAUUCACUCCCGCACAUAUGUCAUUACGAUUCGCAGGCAAGACGUUAGGCAUUUCCGCCGUAGGUCCCAGCCCGCCCAAUGUGGUUCACGACCGAAGUCUAUUUCAACACAACUCGCAUGCGCGGGACAAAAUUGUCGUUUCUAGCACGGAUUCUGACUUAGAGGCGUUCAGCCAUAAUCCAGCAGAUGAUAGCUUCGCGGCAUUGCCCGAUCGGACAGCCGCAAAUACCAAAUAUCUGAAUGAACGGUUCCUCUCGUACUAA